AAUUCUGAGCUGGGGCACUUUACUAUGAGGCUGCAGAUGAAACAGAUGUGCUUGCUGUGAGUUUCUGUUGUAUCUGGACUUUUUGUACCAAAGGUGGUAACACUUUCCUUCCUGUGAUUUUUUAUUUUUCCCCCUUAUUUUGCACAUAUUUUCCAUAAAGGGAAUGAAAUGGAGAAGUUGAAGAAAUAUGUAUCAGUGAAAGAUGAUCAGUUUUAUCAUCAGGGAGCUGUGGAGUUGCUGGUCUUUAACUUUCUGCUCAUUCUUACAAUAUUAACAAUUUGGUUGUUUAAAAACCAUCGAUUCCGCUUUCUGCAUGAAACUGGAGGAGCUAUGCUUUAUGGCCUUGUAAUGGGAUUAAUUAUACGAUACGCAACAAAAGCAUCAGAUGUUGAAAGUGGAACUGUUUAUGAAUGUGAAAAACUGAAAUCUGGGCCAUCCACUCUACUUAUUAAUAUAACCAAUCAGGUCUAUGAAUAUCAAUACAAAAGAGAAAUCAGCCACCACAAUGUCAAUGGCCACCAGGGCAAUGCAAUGCUUCAGAAGAUGACAUUUGAUCCUUCCAUCUUCUUCAAUAUUUUGCUGCCACCCAUUAUAUUUCAUGCUGGAUAUAGUUUAAAGAAGAGACAUUUUUUUCGUAACUUAGGAUCGAUUUUAACCUAUGCCUUUUUGGGAACUGCCAUUUCCUGCAUUGUUAUAGGGUUGAUAAUGUAUGGGUUUGUGAAGGCAAUGGUACACAUUGGCCAGUUAAAAGGAUGGGAAUUCCACUUCACUGACUGUUUAUUUUUUGGAUCGCUGAUGUCUGCCACAGAUCCAGUGACAGUCCUUGCUAUUUUCCAUGAACUGCAUGUGGAUACAGAUUUGUACACACUCCUGUUUGGAGAGAGUGUUCUAAAUGAUGCUGUGGCUAUCGUGCUGACAUACUCUAUAUCCAUUUACAGUCCUAAGGAGAAUCCUAAUGCAUUUGAUGCUGCUGCUUUCUUCCAGUCAGUGGGAAAUUUCCUGGGGAUCUUUGCUGGAUCAUUUGCCAUGGGAUCCUCUUAUGCUGUUGUCACAGCUUUAUUGACAAAAUUUACAAAGCUGUGUGAGUUUCCUAUGUUGGAGACUGGUCUGUUUUUCCUCCUAUCCUGGAGUGCCUUCUUAUCAGCAGAAGCCGCUGGUCUUACAGGUAUUGUUGCAGUCCUUUUCUGUGGAGUCACACAGGCCCAUUAUACCUACAACAAUCUGUCACCAGAUUCCAAAAUGAGAACUAAACAGUUGUUCGAGUUCAUGAAUUUUUUGGCUGAGAACGUCAUCUUCUGCUACAUGGGACUUGCACUAUUCACGUUUCAAAACCAUAUCUUCAAUCCUCUUUUUAUAUUUGGUGCAUUUGUGGCAGUUCUCGUAGCAAGAGCUUGCAACAUAUACCCGCUUUCUUUCCUUUUGAAUCUGGGUCGAAAACAAAAGAUUCCCAGGAACUUUCAGCACAUGAUGAUGUUUUCAGGUUUACGUGGUGCAAUAGCAUUUGCAUUGGCUAUUCGAGACACAGAAUCCCAGCCCAAACAAAUGAUGUUUACAACAGCACUGCUUAUUGUGUUUUUCACAGUCUGGGUAUUUGGUGGGGGCACAACACCCAUGCUCACAUGGCUUCAGAUCAGAGUUGGCGUAGAUCCAGAUGAAGAUCUGAAAGCAGAAGUUGCAAGCCAGAGUGCAUCUAACAUGGAUAAAAAUACAACCAAAGCUGAAAGUGCAUGGCUGUUCAGAAUGUGGUAUGGCUUUGACCACAAAUACCUAAAACCUAUCUUAACCCAUGCCGGUCCACCUCUCACAACAACAUUACCUGAAUGGUGUAAUCCUGUUGCCAGGCUCCUGACCAGCCCCCGUGCAUAUGGCGAUCAACUGAAGGAUGAUGACACAGAUUAUAUCAUAAAUAACGAUGAACUGACUGAAAACUAUGAGUCGUCUGCUCACAUACCAGUGCCAGCGCAGGACAGAACAGGCUCCACCCAGACUACAGGCAAGGAAGAUAUUCAUGAAGGAGACCUAGGAUUAGGAGGGUACAAACUCCAGCUUGAACACACCACAGGUCAACCCCACGUGAAUUCAUUGACAUGAACAGUGUAAUGUUAAUCACAAGAAAUAAGACUAAAACCAAGAAAUAAAAGAUACCAUUACGUGAACAAGAGGUUAGAAAAUGUACUAAGCACAGAAAUCAAAGAAAACUUAGAUUUUACCAAGUAAAUGCCUGUUCCCCCCAGGAAAGAGCUUACUAGCAUCUUCCAUAUACCUAACAAUAGUAUGCAGGUUUUCUGACUGCAGUAGUUUUCAGUAAAGGUGUAGGGCACUGCCAGUUCACUGAAUCUAUCAGUCACAUGUUGUCUCAGAUAGUGCCUGACUGUACCAUGCACCUCACAGGCCUUCAGAUGUUGCUUGUAGUCUUUAGUCAGCUAGAACAGCGAGAAAUACUGUCCUAAUAGACCUGCUCAGAUGAUGACAGCACUUUGCAUACAGCUGAUCCUGAACACAUCCACAGCUAGCUAGCUACUGCUCCAGUAGCUAUUAUGUUUAUAAAAAUGAAGCAGAAGAUUUUGUCCAAUAAGCAUGUGAUCUAGUACUUAAAACACACAUUGCAGCACCACAGUCUUGAUAGAUCAAGCUCUUUCAUGCUCACCGUAUAGAUUUUUCCUGACAACAAGCCCAACAUUUGCUUUCUAAAUGCAUCUUAUAGCCUACUCUUUAUAGGGUCAGACCAGGCUGCCACAAACUGAACAUCGACAGCAAGUCUAUGAAAUCAGCAACAGACCCCAUUUUAUUGCAGCACUGAAGAGGCAUGACCACUAUUUAAACUGCAGUUAUUCCACAAGACAUUAGGCAUUACAGCUUCACAGCACACAAAGCUUACAUGCUAGGAAAAAUUUUGUUGUUUUGCGAGAUCAUUCUGAGUGUAUGCUUUAAGAAAUCAACUGUUUCAUUUUGUAUUGUUCAAGGAAAGUGAGUUAUUUUUAAUCAAAUAUUUCUGCAGAACAGCUGUAUCUUAAGACUAGCUGCUCCAAGGGUAAACUUGUCCAUCUCUAUUUGUGCUGGGCACUCUAGCGAUCACACUAUCACACUAGUGAUGAGGACAGUGGUGGUUAGAUUAAAGAAAGAGUGCUCUUAGGUAUGAAAGUAGUAAUUGCCCGCAUGAGCACAGUGACUGGAUAAACAACUGGUCAACCAUACACACAGCUAGCUGCCAUAUACUAUUAUCAAGCAUUAGCACGGAUCAGCUUUCACGCUAUCAGUUAAGUAGUGCAAACACGGGGAUAGAGCCAGGCUUUUGUUGUCAGAGCACAUGCCUUUCCUCACCGCAGAAGUUUCCACUAACUGUGCAUCGUAAGGUUCCUAAGAAAGUUAAAUCAUGAGUAGUUUUUAAAUAAGGUCAUUUCUACUAUACAAAGACAAUGAGCAAGCAAGAAAUUUAUAAUCUCUAAGAAUAAAAAUCAAGCCGUUUCCAUGAAUGAUCAUAAAGCUGAAUAGAUCUUGAUUUCACCACAGAUGGAAGCUGAAAUACAAACUUAAAUAUAAUCAAGUAUUAGUCAUUCUUUUACAGGCUAAUUAAUUUCUGGUUAAAUGUGACUCUAGAACAGCUGUUUCAAGCAUAAAUUUAAACACUGGAGUUCUACAUGCCAUUACAAAAGAUCAUAAGCUUAAACUGGCAUUUUAUUUUCCCCUAAACAUUAAUCAAGGAACUUCAAAGGAUCUUAAUCCCCAUAUGGUUUAAAACAAAUAAUAUUCAGGCAUGAUAACAAGUUUUGAGGACUAAUCAAUUUCCAACUCCCUGCUUUGCCUUGUUUAGCCACAUGAGGUGGGAAAAGAUGCACAGCAUGUUUGCAAGAAAGGAUGGAGAAUGGAUGAGGAGGUGAAGUUUUAUGGCCUAGUGCUGUCCACCCUACAACAUGCAGCAGGAGAUGACAGGAAGCAGGAUAGCCAGGCAGAGAGACACUGCAGUGAGGUGAAUAUGUGGUAACGCAGUGAGAAGGUGUUACCAUGGAUGGGUGCUAACACAGUCCUGAUUUCAGUAGCCAAAGUUACUGAUUUCAGUCUUCAGAAGUAUUGAGUGCAUGUUACCAGGCUUCCUAAAUUUCUUGGGAAGCACAGAUCCCACUCCUUAGAUUAUAGUACAAAUCAAUACCGUGCUACAGCAUUAUGAAGAUGCAAAGCUGUUUUUCACAACUGCUACGUGAACUGGAAAUGACAAACUCUUCACCAACAGUUCUGCUCUUAGAUUCUACUCUGAAAUGCAUCCUGCAGCAUACUCUACGGGGUUUUUACCAAUUUAUUUAUUGUGCCUGUGUCCAAAUGUCUCACACUUGUGCAAUGUGAUAAAUGGGGAGCUCUGGAGUCUGAAAUUCUCUGUUUAUCAAAAAAAAAGUCUGUAGUGAGUACUGUUCUGCCUGGAUGCUUUAAAGUACUACUUGGUAAGGAAAGUCAUUCCUUGCAACAGAAGAGUGCAUACUUCAAAUCUUUCACAGGUGUGAUUUUUAUGCUAAGACUAUCAAGAGGCUGAAUCAGUGGUCCCAGCAGGAUGGGUAUUUAUCCUCUGGGACCAUGCUCAGCAACUAAAGUAUCACUGGAUUUCAGGAAAAUUGGUAAUUUGAGCUGCAAGCAAACCUGAAGCUUCUGCUAAAUAGUAAUAAAAGUCUCAAUUAUCCAUUACACUAUUCAGCCUUGCCAUUUCCUAAUUUUAAGAUAUUCUUUCAUGACAUGCAGAUCAAGAGAGUUAAAACAACAUUAGAACAGAUGAUAUAUUUGUACUCAAGGAGAAAUUACUAGCAACUAGUAAUUCUGCAUGACUGUUUAAACAGAGCAAUGGAUGUUAAGAGAGACCUUUAAUGUUAAUUUACAGUUCAUACACUGGAGAUUUAAACUACUCAAUAUCACAGUGUUUGACUGAACAUACAAGUCACUCUCCUGAUAAAUGUGAAGCUAUUCCUCCUAUCUGAGUUAAUCUAAUAAAAUAUUGCUUGGAAAA